UUCCGCUAAACUUCCUCUGCUUUACUUUCAUUGUUGACAGUUUGUUAACUGCUGAAAAAAAUGCUUUUUCAUGUUUAAAUUUGUUUUAAACCAUAGUUAAAAUCUGAUUAACAGUAGGCAGUACAUCUGGAAUGACAUGUCGCUCGGUUAUUAGGGGUUUGUGUGGGAAAUACUCGCAUGUUUUCUUCACUGCUAGUGAGCUAAGCAGCUAGCUGUCUAGCCUGCUGUACAGUACAGCUGCUGUGUGUCUGCGAAUCUGCACCGAAAGCCAAGAUUAUGUUUCUCGAUGUGCUUCUGUUAUGCUUUUACUUGUUUUGAAUAACCUGUGCAGCAUGGAAUCUGAGGGAAUCGUCAUUCGGAUAAAGACACCGGUGGGAGACAUGGACUCCUCAGUGGACUCUCCAUCACAUCUCAACUUCAGUGAUUUGCUGGCCGCGAUCAAGGAUGUCAUGCCUGAAGCCACAGUCACAGCUUUUGAAUAUGAGGAUGAAGUUGGUGACCGAAUCACAGUUCGCAGUGAUGAGGAGCUCAAAGCCAUGCUGUCGUAUUAUUGCAACACAGUGAUGGAGCAACGCAUCAAUGGACUGUUACCUGAGCCUUUACAGAUAUUUCCACGAGCCGGUAAGACCCCAGGGAUCCGCAACAUACACGGCCUGAAGGUGAACACGCGGCCCGAAUCCUCGAGUGGCAGGGGCUCCUCUGCGGCUGAUUCCCGGUCCAAUGAUAGCACUUUAAAGAAAUCUUCAGCUGAGCUUAAGAAGAUUUUGACAAAUGGACAGAUCAAUGAACAUGACCUCCAGUACCAGGAGCAGCUUGGCCAUGGAAAUGGCGGAACAGUUUACAAAGCUUACCACUUGCUUGGGAAGAGAAUUGUAGCGGUGAAGGUGAUUCCUCUCGACAUCACAGUGGAGCUGCAAAAGCAGAUCAUGUCAGAGCUUGAGAUCCUUUAUAAGUGUGAUUCUCCAUACAUCAUAAAGUUCUACAGUGCUUUCUUUGUGGAGAACAGAAUAUCGAUAUGCACUGAGUUUAUGGAUGGUGGCUCUCUGGAUGUCUACUGGAGAAUCCCAGAGCAUGUGUUGGGAAGAAUUGCUGUUGCGGUGGUAAAAGGAUUAACGUACCUCUGGAGCCUGAAGAUUUUACACAGAGAUGUGAAACCCUCCAACAUGUUGGUUAACACACGGGGUCAGAUCAAACUGUGUGACUUUGGAGUCAGCACACAGUUGGUGAACUCCAUUGCUAAAACAUACGUUGGAACCAAUGCAUACAUGGCGCCAGAGCGGAUAUCAGGGGAACAGUAUGGUAUUCACUCAGACGUGUGGAGCCUAGGAAUCUCUUUCAUGGAGUUGGCGCUGGGCUCUUUUCCAUAUCCACAGAUUCAAAAGAACCAGGGUUCCUUAAUGCCUCUUCAGUUAUUGCAGUGCAUUGUUGAUGAGGAUCCUCCGGUGCUUCCAAUUGGUCAGUUCAGUGAGAAAUUUGUCCACUUCAUUACACAAUGUAUGAGGAAGCAACCCAAAGAAAGACCAGCUCCAAACAAUCUUAUGGACCACCCCUUUAUCAUGCAAUAUAAUGAUGGCAACACAGAGGUCGUGUCCAUGUGGGUGUGCCGCAGUCUAGAGGAGCGCAAAAGCCAGCAAGCACAGAGACUGGUGUGAACAGCAGUGGCACCGGAUGGAAUUCUGGGAGAUGGUGUCCACAUUUCCUCACUUUACUCUUCCACUGAACCUAGAGAAGCAGCAGCUGAUCUUGCAGCACCUCCUCCCAACCUUGAGUUAAAUGGUGCAUGGUGAGAGAACUGCUACGAGUCUAAUGCAGAUUAUGCUAGCAUCCUGCAAAUAGGGAUUUUAACCGUGUAUGUUGGUUUGCAUUGAUGCAAAUCUUUAACUUUGUUCUUCUGCAGUGGGUUUCUUUUCACUUUCUGUGCAGAUUCCAAAGUAAAUGUUUCCGCAGAAGAUCCUUGCGGGGGGCUGUUGCUUACUCGACUCCGAUUUAGUUCCUGUGGGUUUGGAUUUGAGUGAAAAUGCUGUCUCUGUCUGUACUUAAACAACAAUCUGGUUUUGCCAAAACAUUGUGGGCACGUCAUAAAUCAUCUUGGUUUUUAAAUAUAUGUUGUGUCAAGCAUUGCUCCCUGCUCCAGUGCAAAUCAUGCUGCUGUUGUUUUAAAAGCUACUUUUUGGUGAGUUUCACAAAUGGCCUGCUACAGUUGUGGCAAUACACCAUUGAAGAUGGAAAAAUGUGAUGCGUUGUUACGGUGGAAGGCAGUGGAUGGCUCGGGCGGAUGAGCUUUUAGAUAGUCCAGCAACAGCCGACAGUAAUGAUACAUGAGAAGCCAGUGGAUUUUGUUCUUGCCCUCAUCCAGAAUAAGCCCAGCUGAGAACUUUAUUCAAGGGGCUCAUGGUUCCUUUGAUUUGUGCAUUGCCUUAAUCUCUCUUUCAAGGUCAUUUUAUACAAUUUUUGCUUUAUGUACACUAAAAGUUGGGGGUCUGUAAGAUUUUAGUUUUCCGGUAUUCAGUAUAGAUUAUUAAAUUGGUCAAAAGUGACAGUAAAGACGGUAUUGCAGAUUA